GAGCAACUGGUUCCGGCUACAGGUUCGUCAGUCAACAAGUAGCCUUCGAGACAAUCGAGUCCUGGCGCGGUCGAAGCACGCCAUGAGUGUCGGCUCGAUCCUGUGCGUGAUCCUUACAGUUUUAAUGAUUCUUGUGCAACAUUCGAUAAAUGGCAUUCCAUAUCGCGACACUUACAUGGUGACACAUCCAAGAUACGAGAAGAAUUAUUUGAAGGGGAGGAUAAUUCGAGAAAAAAGAGUUCUGGAUGAAGAAAAUAGUGGCUUGCAGGAUUUUUAUAACAAUCAAGAGAAACAAUCAUGUUCGAAAUUGGAAGACAGAAAAGGAGGAAAAAUUGAGCUUACCAAAACAGAUAGUUAUCCUCAAGAGAUAACCAGAGAAUCAUUAUGGGAUGAUAAUGACAAUAGAGGUUUUUCUCUACUUGGCCUAGUUGAAUCUAUGCUGUCUGUUGUAACAAGUGGAUUCAGCACAGUUGUUAACAGUAUCGUUGGUACUGAAAAGAAAAACUUACGAUCACGUAUUCCAAGAGUAAAUUAUAAAAAUUACCAAUUGAUUAGGCUGUUUCCUACUACGGAAAAUCAUAUUGUGGAUCUACGUGAUUUGAAAGAUGCCGAGCCAGAAGAAAUCAAAUUUUGGUCAUUUCCAAAGCCUAACAGAACUACCGACGUCAUCAUUGCGCCAGAUCUUGUGGCUGAUGUUAAAGAUUACUUACAGGAUAGAAAUAUUAAUUUUAAAGUGUUAAUAUCAGAUAUCCAGAAAACGAUCGCUUAUCAAAAUCCAAAAAUGUCAAAAGAACAACGCGAAGACUUGGUGACUACUCAAGGACACACGAUGACAUGGAAACGUUAUCAUCGAUAUGGAGAUAUCAUGCGUUAUUUAGAACAUCUAGCUUUCAAUUAUCCAAAACUGGUAGAAUUAGUAACUAUUGGCCAUAGCUACGAAGGUCAACCAAUAAAAAUGGCAAAGGUAUCGACAGGAUCACACAAAAAUGGCGAUAAAAAACCUGCAAUUUGGAUUGAUGCCGGUAUGCACGGCCGGGAAUGGAUCAGUACCGCUGUAGCGACCUACAUAUUGAAUCAGUUAGUUGAGAGGAACUCGACUUACUCGAAAUUGCUGGACAUGUCAGAUUGGAUGAUUUUGCCUGUGGCUAAUCCUGACGGUUACGAAUAUAGCCAUAUAGGUGACCGUUUUUGGCGGAAAACCAGGAGUAAUCACGCAGAAAGUCAAACUGAUAGUAGGUACACGCCUUCGAACUUCUUACAAUUCGUGACGCAUUAUACCAGAUGGUUAUGGACUAAAUGCGAGGGAGUUGAUCCGAAUCGAAAUUUUGCAUACCACUGGGGCGAGGAAAAUGAAGGGGGAGCAAGUUCAGAUCCUUGUCAUGAAACUUACUCUGGACCUUUUGCCUUUUCCGAACCGGAAACAAAGGCUAUGGCAGACUAUAUUUUAGCCAACAAGCAACACAUUCGAAUGUAUUUGACUUUGCAUUCGUACUCUCAAAUGUGGUUAGUGCCAUGGGGACACACACAUACGAAACCUCCGGAUUAUUCCGAUAUGAUGAGUGCAGCGAAAAAGGCAAUUAAUGCAAUUGCAAAAAUUCACGGCACUCAUUAUCAAUUUGGACCAGUGGCAGAUUUAAUGUAUCCAACUUCUGGGACGUCCGACGACUGGGCCAAAGGCGUCGCCGGGAUAAAAUAUGCGUACACUGUAGAAUUACGUGAUCGCGGAACAUACGGAUUUCUGUUGCCGGCGACUCAAAUAGUUCCGACCGCGCGCGAGAUUUGGGCGGGAAUUCGUGCGAUCGCUCGUUUAGUCGCUUGCAAUACGUGAAAUGCACUUCCGAUGCACACUUAUUUAACAUUCGAGCGUCUUUCCCGACUAACGGAGAGCAAAUGCUCUUUAUGUGGCAUACCAAAUAAACCGGUCUUUGCCGUUACCUAUAGAGAUAUAGAAUUAUAUUGCUAUAGAGUGAUACAGAUCGCUGAACAGGGUAUCCGUAUCGAAAAAUCAGCAUAUCGUUAUCGAAAUAAAUUAACGAUGAUCACGAAAGAUAGACUCGUACCUAAUUAAACACAUUAUCUGUUAUGACAUAAUCAAUUUUGAAGUUACAAAUAAAUGCAAAAGCUGGUAUAAUAGAUUUUGUAUAUUUUAUGCAAAAUUAUAUUUUUAGAUGAAUUUUUUUAUA